AUGGAAUCAUCCAAAAGAGACCCUGAACUAGGCGAACAAAUCGAAGAUUUUCCCCCAGGAUACCCUCAGUUCUCGGCCCUGGUCGCCUCUCACGAUUCAUUCCACAUCUGCCGCCGAUUUUCCACGUUGCGCACACGCUUGCUUCUCCUUAAGCAAGACAGGCUAACUCUCCUCGAACGCCAACUGGAGAAAAUUGAUCGCAAUGAGAAAGCCAUGUUAUCAUUAGGCAGCUGCCGGGUGGAUAAAAACGAAGACAGACGGGAGGUCCUCACAGAGAUCGACAAUGCUCUGGCCGACUACGACGCAUUUUUAGAACGACACCAGCGAGCUCUAACUCUCAGCACCGCCCCGUCCCGCCCUGUGUCAAAUCUCUGUAACUGGGUCGAAAGCAAAGGCUCGAUAGCACGGGCUGAAACGGCUUAUUUGGAGCAUCAGGAAGAUAUUUUCUCUCUGGCUGCACCAGAGGAUGAUAUAACUUCAUGGCUAGAGACUUUGGCGGAAUAUAUCGCCCUUUACUGCAACAAAUGGUUCGCCAAGGCUGAAAACUCGCAAGAAUCAGACAUAUACAUCUUCCCGCCAUCAUUAAUACAGAGAGCAGUGCGAGUCUUUCUAGUGCCUCUCGUCACAGUCCUCCUUCUCACUCCCGUUAUUAUCUGCAACUUUAUAGACGAUUUGACGGCUAGGUUGGUUAUUGUUGUCUUUACGACAACUGGGUUUAUCGCCGCUCUAUCUUGUCUUAUUAAAAUCAGAGCUAUUGACUUGAUCAUAGCUGGCGCAACAUAUACCACUGUCUUGGUUGUUUUUAUUUCAGGCACAGGCGGAGGGUCGAAUUACUACUGA